AUGGUGUACCACCUAGGCCUACGCACACACGGUAACCCCGUCGGGGAUGCUUCCGUGACUUUGGUAGGUGAUACCAUACGGAUGUGGGCGUUGGUGGAGCAGCUCCUCGGUGCCAGGCCUCCCGUGGCAGCACAGCAGGUGGCUCAGAGGAAGGAGUCAUUCACGCUGAAGCUUGUGUGGCUACGGGAUCGUGUCUGCCAGAUGCCCCAGACAGACGAUCCCGAAACCCUCCGACAGUACGUCAGGUGUUAUAUCAUGUUACUUAUCGGAGGGUAUCUGAUGACCGACAAGUCCAACAAUCUGGUGCACCUUUGUUGGCUAUCGCUGUUCCGGGACUUUACGGAGUGUAAAGCGUUUUCGUGGGGCUCGGGUGUGCUAGCAUGGACGUAUCAGUCCCUAUUUUUGGCGGCUCAGUGGGGCGUCACGGAUAUCGCUGGCUGCACUCCGUUGUUGAUGUCCUGGAUCUAUCAAAGAUUCCCCCAGUGGUGUCCACCAGAUAGAAGCGUCUACCAGUAUCCGCUGGUUGCAAGGUUGGUUGGAUUGCCACAGCAGAGCAGGGAUGAGAUUGCUAUCUAA